UAGAGAUAUGCUGGUAGUAAAAUGAGUCUCUCAUUUCUUUCCUGGCUGCGGCGGCUGUACUCGCUCGAUACUUUGGACACGCGCUUCACUGUCCCCGCCAAUGUCCCCGUCAAGAUCGCUGCUGAAGACACGCGAUCUGGCUCCGCGAAGGAUGCCCGCUCUAACGCCGUCACCAACAGCGCCUCUCCUCCCAGAUGGGCCACCCUCGAAUUCUAUGUUUACUACGUGGUCUUUAUCGUGGCCGUUCCUCUGAUGUUCAAGACCGUGAUUGAUGUUUCGCAAGAAUCGCAUCCCACCUACGCUACAUACUCUCAUUUGCUCUCUCCAGGUUGGAUUCCAGGGCGGAGAGUCGACAAUUCCGACGCGCAAUAUUCUGGCUUCCGCGAUAAUAUCCCCUACCUCCUCAUCCUUUUGGUUGCCCAUCCUUCUCUUCGACGCGUCUACGAGCACUUUACUCGCACCCCUAGUACACCUAAUGCGAACAAUACCAUCUCUGUCACUGCCGCCGGAGACGCCCGAGCUGCGCGACGCAUACGAUUCGACUAUUACUUUGCCCUGGUGUUCAUCACAGCUCUCCAUGGUAUAUCGGCGAUCAAGAUUCUUAUCAUUCUCUACUUGAACUACAAAAUCGCCAAAUCUCUUCCGCGGAAAUAUAUCCCUGCUGCGACUUGGAGCUUCGGCAUAGGGAUACUGUUUGCCAAUGAGUUCUGCGGCGGAUACCCGCUGGCGCGAGUUCUCAGCUUCUGGGCAGCAGACGAGACAGGGCGGGAGUCCGCUCUACUUCUAUGGGCGCGGCACUUGGACAGCUUUGGUGGUCUAAUGCCACGAUGGGAAGUCCUGUUCAAGAUCACUAUCCUACGGCUGAUCAGUUUCAAUAUGGAUUACUACUGGAGUUUCGACUUUCCUACUAGCAGCCCAAUCGAAGUAAGUCUCUUUUCCGAGGAUAAACCAACUCCCUCUGACGACCAUAAGAAGAAGCAACUCGAUCCGGAAUCGCUUUCAGAGCGUGACCGGGUCAAGAUCCCCGCCGAAAAAGCAGCCUUCAACGGCCGAAACUAUCUCGCCUACAUCCUCUACUCUCCGUUAUACCUCACAGGCCCAAUUGUCACGUUCAACGAUUACAUAUCCCAGCAGCGAUUUCCACCACAAUCGUUGACGAAAACCCGCACAAUCCUCUACGGAACUCGCUUUUUCCUAACCCUGCUCUCCAUGGAACUGAUCCUUCACUUCAUCUACGCCGUAGCAAUCUCCAACUCACAUCCAAACUGGUCGCUUUACACCCCAGCCCAGCUCAGCAUGCUCGCUUUCUUCAACCUGCACAUCAUUUGGCUGAAGCUUCUGAUCCCCUGGCGUUUCUUCCGCCUCUGGGCUCUCGUCGACGGCAUCGACCCGCCAGAAAACAUGGUCCGCUGUGUGUCAAACAACUACUCCGCCUUCGCCUUCUGGCGCGGCUGGCACCGCUCUCUCAAUCGUUGGGUCGUCCGCUAUCUCUACGUUCCUCUGGGCGGCGGCAGCAACCGCUCUAUCUCGAGCCCAGCAUCAUCAACAAGCGGCACCAAACCACCGUCAUCUCCCCUUUACGCCAAAGUCCGCCAGAUAUUCAACUUCCUCGUCGUAUUCACCUUCAUUGCCCUCUGGCACGACAUCAACCUCAGACUCCUGAUGUGGGGCUGGCUCAUCACCCUCUUUGUCCUGCCAGAGGUCGUGGGCACCUUACUAUUCCCUCCUAGCCGAUGGCGUUCGCGCCCGAACACGUACCGCGUCAUCUGUGGCAUUGGAGCGGUAGGCAAUGUGCUUAUGAUGAUGAUCGCCAAUCUAGUUGGGUUUGCGCUGGGCUUGGAUGGAAUCAAGGGGCUUUUGUCCGAGCUAUUGGGGAGCUACGCCGGACUUGUGUAUCUCAUUUCGGCAUGCUGUGCGCUAUUUUUGUUAGUCAAACUACCCAACGCUGCUUCUUGCGCUCAGACUUCAACCGUCCAGGAACAAGACUGUGCACAAAGAUGA